UGGUGCACAGACUAACCAUAAAAAAUGGUUUUAAUAUAGCCACCAAGCCUAAAGAAGCUGUGAACAGCAGGUGUUUGCUGAUCUUAAGUCCAUGAAAACAACAUAAACGUCAACAAAAUACAAAAACUGUAAUGUAUCAUGUCUCAGGAGGGUCUUUCUUGUUCUCUGGAAAGGAACAAACAGUUACAGGAAACAAGGUGUGUCUCUAUAACUGAACGUGGAAGUGUUGAAACUUUCUCUGAUAAAGCUAUUACAAAAAUUACAGCUGAACUGGAAGUGAAGUUGAGUAGCAGUAAAGAAGUCUGUUCCUCCCACUGUCCUGCAGAUAUAAAGAAGCAAGACUGGUGAAACGGUCAUCACACGUUAUUGGAGCUACACAAAUACACGACAAAAACAAGAUAUACAGAAUGAAUCUUCUCCCUCUGAUGGUUGCUUUGGGGCUUGCAGGAGCGUCUCCCCUGAACUACGACAAGGUGUGCCAGCCUCACUCCAGACCCUGGCAGGUCUAUCUGCAUGGUGGAAGUGUAUCCUGCAGUGGAGCGCUCAUUGACAAAUGGUGGCUCGUAACCUCCUUUGAUUGUACACCAAUAUCCGACAGAACCAUUGCAUCCCUUGGGGAACAUGAUGUGACUGUGAUGGAGGGCACCGAGCAGCACAUUCCGGUUGCUGAUGUGAUCCAUCACAGCCCCUACCGCUCACCGCUCCACAGCCUCACGAUGGUCCGUCUGUCCAGGCCGGCCCGCUUCAACCGGUACGUUCAGCCCAUCCCUCUGCCCAGUCGCUGCCCACAGCCUGGAGAGACCUGCUAUGUCAGCGGCUGGGGCUCCACCGUCCCAAAUCAAUAUGAGCCUCCUCAACGUCUGAAGUGUAUAACUGUGCCUGUUGUGGAUGACCAGACUUGUAUGAACACAUUCCCUGAGUUCCUGUACUGGAGCAUGGGCAUGGUCUGCGCUGGUCAAGUAUACACAGAUAACUGCAUGAAUAAUGAUGGCAGUGUGAUGGUGUGCGAUGGCCAGCUGCAAGGUCUGCAGUGGUUCAGCCAUGGCUGCAGGAACCCAGCUCACCCCACUGUCUACACCAAGAUGUGCAACUACAAUGACUGGGUCAAAGAUGUGAUGGACCGUUAUGCACCCACUCUGCCAACUGAAACCACUCCAAGGAUGCUGGCAUGAUGCAGCAGAGAGACACAUUUAUUCAGAGAUAAAAUGUAGCCAUUAUUAUAAACAUUGCCUCUGACCACUUUGCAGGCAAGGUUUAGUGCUUGAACCUGAAGUGUAGUAGUUGGCCUUUCAGUAAAUUCAGCAAGACACAGUGUUGCACUUAGUGAAAGUAAUACUUUAAGAAUAACAUACAUAAAUCCUACUCUCAGCUAAAAUGAAAUGAGACAUGUUGCAACACCUCAUGUUUCAUUCAUGGACUUUUUUCCUUGGCAAACUGUUUCUACAGCUGGCUAAUAGCUGCUGCUAAUUAGCUCUGAUGUUUUUCACACCAGAUCAUAACUCCACAUUUGCUGCCAUGUAUGUGACAGUGACAGUGAAUUUGACAUGACAGGAAAUAUUUAUUUGUUCCACAUGUUGAACACCAAAACUGCAAAAAGGGAAUAAACAUCCAAUUCUGAUGUACCCCUCCACUCAAUGGAAUUUUAGCAUCUUUUAACUCAUUGUUUUGGUCUCACAACUCGCAACUUGUUUUGAUAUGCUCUCCCAUUAGUGCCAUUUUUCACUCACAGCAAGUGGAUGUUUUGAGCAAAAGCCACAAUAAACCCACUGCAAACUACCUGCCCAGCACCAAACAGCAGACAGACAAAGUUAGAGACUAGUUGGUGAACAUAGUGGAGCACUUAGCAGAAAAAGCAAAAUAUAGCUCGCACUGAGCAAAGGGAGAGUGGAUAUUGGACUUACAUUUAUCAAGUGGGCAGAAACAUGACACCACAUUAAUGCUAAUGAUGCGCCAUUUGUUGUAAUUAUAAUUAGGCAUUUCUUUGCUAACAAGUUCACAAUGUCAAUUUUCUAUGGUAAUAAUACUGUCUCUCAAUGUUGUUUUAGAAAAUAAUGUCAGUAACCACAGGCUGACUUUCAUAUGUUAAAAGGAUGGUCACCACUUUGUAAAUAAUUUGUAAUAUAUAUUUGGAAUGAAGCAUUUCAUUUGUGUUAAUUAGAGUUUCAUGACAAUUAAAUCAAAUGAAGUCAAACAGGUUGAGCCUCUUAAUGAGGUGUGCCUGGGAAUUUUGCACUAUGCAAAUAUUGCCAUGACAAAAGAUGAGUGGCAAUAAUGUGAAGCUCCUCUAGAUGGGGGUAAAGCCCAACCAACGUCCCAAAGAGAGGAGAGAGACAGAGGGGGAGAGAGGGAGAAAACCUCUGCUCACUGCAGUGUGAACAGGUGUCAUGAAUCUUACAUUCUGUUCAAGGUUUUGUUUGAACUCUGAUCAUUGAUCUGAACUCUGCCAUUGCAUCAAUAUGUCCACAAAAAUAUGUUCUAGUAAUAAACACAUGGAUGGAAUGUAAUAUUAUCAACACACACUGAGUACAAAGGAGCUAGGGAAUACAUGGGGGAGUUGGACGCGCACACAAAAAGCACAGACACUGCACACACAGACACACUUACAUGCAAAGUGACUGACAGCUGUGUCCAUAAUCACCCAGGCAGUUGAACAUAAGGGCCACUCUGCCAUCUGUUCUCACCAUUUCUCUCCCAUUCCUCACCCUCUCUCCCCCCUCCUUUCAAACCUCAGCGGGAGGCAGAAAGCAAACUGAGGGGCUGACUUUGGUAACUGGGAUGUCACUUUCGAAAGCAGUGUGAUAUUAAUUGGUGUGUGUAUUUGGAGCUGCUGUUUGUGUUUCUUUCUUUGUUUCAAUUUGGAUAGCCCUUGUUUAUAAUUCUGGGGGAUUUGACUGAAACCAAUUUAAUGUAAUAGCUACUGUGUCAAUAAUUGUUAGCUUUCAUAAUAGAUACAAUAGAUACUUCACUUAUGCCCUCAGGCAAGAUAUCUAAUAUAACAAGCUUGAAAUCCUGUAGGAUUUCUCAGCAAAUACCUUUUUGGUCUCUUUGUGUACUUAAUCCCAAAUGAUCUGCAGGUUGUUAUGGAUUGUAGUAUGUGGUCUGCACCCUCUGAAGAGGGCAUGGCUCCUAGUUUACCAGUCUGCUUUGGGGAGAUAAAGCAUCCCCCUAAUAAUUUCUACCAGAACUCUCUGAGAAUUAAAAUUAGUUAUCUUAUGUGCUUCUGCAAACAUUACAGCCCAUUUCUUACA